GUACUCCAAUACCAACAACAACAACAAUAACAAUAACGACAAUAAUGUCUAUAAUAUUAUUAAUAAUUACAAUCAAUGUCACGAACACAAGUUCUCAAGAGGAGGAGAAAACUUUAAUUGAAUAUCCCGGACUAGCAAUAAAGGAAAAACGAUACGAUUACACUCUGCCUAAAGAACGUACCAAGCGCGGUGCAUUCUGGGAUUUAUUUCAGAAAGUGGUGAUAACGAAAAACUUGAUUGUCGAUCAAUACCAAGAUACCAAAGAUUCGUUAAAUGAAAUUUAUAGCUUAAUUAGCAAACAAUUUAACGAUUUGGAACCGACCACACCAAGUACACAAGACACGAUUGGCGCAACUUCUCCGGUUAACAAUAAUGACGACAGUUCGGAAGCUCAAUCAACUAGGAGACCAUAUACAAUUUCCCGUUAUGAAUUGGGACGCAUUCUGGGACGUAAUUAUCGUGGCUUACAGCGAUUAAAAGAUAUUGAGAUCAGGGAUGCCUUAAAUCACAGUCAUUAUAAUGUCUUGGAAUAUAAAGCUGAGGCCGAUAAGCAAUUCGCCAAUAGUCUGCCACUCGAAAAGAAAAAUCUGAUUAAAUCAUUUAUAGGUUAAUUUGUAGUAAAGAGAUUUUUGUUUUCACUUUCAAUAUCGUAUCGCAAUCGCAUUUCAUAAUAAGUUAAUAAGUGAACAUCGCAUUUAACGACAGAUAAAUGAAAGAUUUCCAGAAAUUCAUAAGAAACACAUUAUUUCAUAUUUUAAUUCUUAAUAUUUGUUUCAAUUGGUUCCACAACAAAUUCGGACCGACUGUAGAUGGAUUCCGUCGCGGUUAAUGAUUUAACAGUGUCUUCAUUCUACUCUAAUAGAUCAUUCUGUACGAGAGUCCACAUCGUCACCGGUAAAAUUUAUGAGUUUUGCUUUUCAUUUUCCUUCACCUCAUUUAUGGUGCAAGCGUAUGUGUAUUAAAUAUAGCCAGAUAUAUACAACAUCCGGAAGGACUUGAGAUGGACUCACCUUUUAUUAUAUCUCUCGAUUCAGAAUCACUUUUUGAAUUGAUUUAAGAUUGUCUGCUCCUUUGUUCGUUUACCCGCUUGAUAUUCUUGUACGCAGUCUACGGAUCGCAAUUUUUCAAAUAUUUUAAUAAAAAUUUUUGACACCGAUAUGUCUUGG